AUGGGCGCCGUUUCAGCCGUCUUCAUCGUUCUGAUCACCAUUCUCUUGCCCCCGGUCGGUGUUUGGGCAGUCGCAGGGUGCGGUGCUGAUCUCUUCAUCAACAUCUGUCUGACACUUCUCGGUUAUAUCCCUGGGCACAUCCACGCAUUCUACAUCGAAUACGUCUACUACGACCGUAGAGAGCAAGCAAGGGAAGGUCGAUUCGCCGCCAGAAGAGCUGCCGGUGUCUACAGCGAUCGUGUACAGACAGGUGGACAUGGCUAUGGCACAAUGGCGCCGCCUACUUCUUAG